AUGUUGGACAUAUUUAUUUAUUUAUUUUUUAGUGAUUAUAACUACAAUUCAUAUUUUAAUGUGUUCCUUUUAGGAAAUACAACUUAUCUCUGGGAGUUCCUGUUAGACCUUCUGCAGGAUAAGAACACUUGCCCUAGAUAUAUCAAGUGGACGCAAAGGGAGAAGGGCAUCUUUAAGCUGGUGGACUCUAAAGCUGUUUCAAAACUUUGGGGGAAACACAAGAACAAACCUGACAUGAAUUAUGAGACUAUGGGACGAGCCUUAAGGUAA